GCACCCGCAGCUCGCGGCUCAUUCCUCCCGUCACCUAGCUAUAGCCUAGCUCCCACCUCCAUCGUGCCGUGCCUCAGCUAGCUCAUUCAGCCGCCAUGUCCGCCCUCUUCGCCGCCGCCGGAUCGGCCGUCCUCCCCGCGCAUCGGCUCCAGGUAAGCAGCAGCAGCGGCAGCCGCCGGAGCGCGGCCGUCACGGCGUGCUUCUCCAGGCAGCAGAGCUUCCCGUCGAUCUCGAUCCGGUCGGCUCCGGCGAAGCGCUUCCUCCACCUGGCUUGCUCGGCCAAGCAGGACACCAUUGACAAGGUGUGCGGGAUCGUCAAGAAGCAGCUGGCCGUCGCCGAGGACACCGUCGUAAGCGGGGAGACCAAGUUCGCCGACCUCGGCGCCGAUUCGCUCGACACGGUUGAGAUCGUGAUGGGCCUGGAGGAGGCAUUCAGCAUCACGGUGGACGAAUCGAGCGCCCAGGAGAUCAGGACGGUGGAGGACGCCGCGUCUCUCAUCGACAAGCUCGUGACAGACAAGGAUUCUUAGAACGACGACGGCACGGAUCCGCCUCCAUGUCCCUGCCUGAAUAGCUUUUUGGGUGCUCACCUUGUUGUUGUUGUACUCUAAAUACAGAUAUGAAAUGUUGUACUGGCUGAAACUAGUUAGCCAGGAAGAGGGUUCCAUGCAGAGCUUGUUUUUGUGUAUGCUAUGCUAUCCCAGAUUGAAUAAAUGAGGGGGGUAGCACUUCUUCCCUGAGGCAAAGAUUACUGUUAUAUGUGCUC